GUACUUAUUUCCACCCUAAUUAACGGUAGAGAUGUUAUGUCUUGACUUCGAAGUUCGAACUUUGCAGUCUUCCUCGACCUUCCCAAUUUGCAUCUGCAGUUCAGUUCUACCGUCCGGUCUCUUGCCAUCUGCAGUUCAGUUCUGUUCCACUGUUAAGACCCAGCCAUCUGAUUCCCGCGAAAUUGUUGGGCCGACCUAUUCUUUCGAGUUUCUUCUGAGGGGCUCAUCGAUUCGAAUCGGGAUUGACUGUAUUUAAUCCUCGUUCUUUUUUCUUCUGGUUGCUCCUUCCAAAUGCGGAAGAGCGAUUCCUUCAAGUACCCGGCUCAGGGAACCGAGUCAGGGCAUCCACGGUGUGGUGAUUUGGGGUUCGGAGGCAGCGAUCGGAGGUACGCUUACUCCCGCCAAUCUUCGUUUCGCCAACCGCAGGAUCUCCCCGGUAGUCCGAUUUCAUUCCUGCCCAAUGACGCGGGCAAGCCUUUUCUCUCCCGCACCUCCUCCAGCAUCGAUAUGCCGCCGGAGAUUUAUAAUUACUCUUUCAGUUACCUAAAGGAUGGUGGUUUUGGCGAUUCCAAUGACUCGGCUGCCGGCGGGAGGAAUGAGAAAUUGUCGGUGUUUUCCGUGUUUAGGGCAUUAAGGUAUGGGAACCGGCAAAUGAAGAGGCUUUUCCUGAUGAUUUUCCUCAAUGUUGCGUAUUCUACGACCGAGUUUGGGGUUGGGCUAAUUACUGGGCGUGUGGGUUUGAUAUCUGAUGCAUUUCAUUUGACUUUCGGGUGUGGUCUUCUUACAUUCUCCUUGUUUGCAAUGGCUGCUUCUCGGAAAAAGUCUGAUCAUGUUUACACUUACGGGUACAAAAGGCUUGAAGUGUUAUCCGCUUUUACUAAUGCUCUGUUUCUGUUGUUCAUGUCAUUCUCCUUAGCAGUGGAAGCUCUUCAUGCAUUCGUACAAGAUGAAUCUGAGCACAAGCAUUAUUUGAUUGUCUCUGCUGUCACAAAUUUGGCGGUGAAUCUUAUUGGUGUCUGGUUCUUCAGGAAUUAUGCCCGUGUAAAUAUUGUCUACAGAAAUGCUGAAGACAUGAAUUACCAUUCAGUAUGCUUGCAUGUCUUGGCCGACUCCAUUCGGAGUGCAGGUUUGGUACUGGCAUCAUGGUUCUUAUCGCUUGGAGUUAAGAAUGCAGAGGUUCUGUGCUUGGGUCUAGUUUCUGUAACCGUGUUUAUGCUUGUCAUGCCUCUUUUCAAAGCGGCUGGAGGUGUGUUGCUUCAGAUGGCACCACCAAGUAUUCCAUCUUCAGCGUUGAGCAAAUGCUUGAGACAGAUCACUGCUUGCGAAGAUGUUUCCGAGGUAUCGGAAGCCCGUUUCUGGGAAUUGGUUCCUGGCCACACGGUUGGUUCUAUCUCAUUGCAGGUGAAGGGAGGAGUGGAUGAUCGGCAGGUGCUAGAAUUUGUACAUGGGCUUUACCAUGAUUUGGGGGUGCUGGAUCUCACUGUCCAGACUGAACAGGAAUGAAUAAGAAGUUUUCAGCUUUAGCUGUAUGUUUUGGCUUCUCACUUGGUUGCAACUCUUACCAUUUUCAUUUACCGGAGUGAUGGAUAGUCUACAAGAGAUCCAGCGGAUAAGAUAUCUUUGGAGAGUAGUAUUUCGUUGUUUUUGAUAGAUAGACAAAGAUUUUAUCAGACUAACAGUAAUCUUAAACAAACACAGCUAUUUGUCGAGUUAUAGUGAGUGAUCAAGAUGUCGAACUUACUACCCUUGUAGUUCCCUUUUGCCCUGGUUGAUCUUCUUCCCCUUUUUUGUUUCAAACUCUAGCUCGCAGAAGAAGCCUAUGUAAGAAGUGUCGCUAAAUUUUUUCAAGAAACAGAAAUGAUAAAA